GACGACGUCGUUCUCGGAAAUCAGUCAGGAUGCCGCCCAAGAUGGAUCCCAACGCGAUCAUUGAGGUCUUCCUCCGCGCCACCGGCGGCGAGGUCGGCGCCGCGUCCUCCCUCGCGCCGAAGAUCGGUCCCCUCGGUCUCUCCCCGAAGAAGGUCGGCGAAGACAUCGCGAAGGAGACGAAGAAGGACUGGAACGGCCUUCGCGUCACCGUCAAGCUCACGGUGCAGAACCGUCAGGCGAAGGUGUCCGUCGUCCCCUCCGCGUCGGCGCUCGUGAUCAAGGCGCUGAAGGAGCCCCCUCGCGACCGCAAGAAGGUGAAGCACGUGAAGCACAGCGGAAACAUCAGUCUGGACGACUGCAUCGAAAUCGCGCGCAUCAUGCGUCCGCGCUCGAAAGCUAAGAAACUCGCCGGCACCGUGAAGGAGAUUCUCGGCACGGCGAAAUCCACCGGGUGCACCGUCGAGGGCCAGGACCCGCAGGACGUGCAGCAGGCGAUCGAGGACGGCGACAUCGAGAUUCCGGACAAGUAAACGCGGCGGGCGAUGAGUAGUUUGUAGCUCAGCUUUCAAAGGAGAGAGAGAAGCUACGUGC